ACCGACAUGACUGGGAGUAAUCAUUGAAGGCUGGGGAGGUUCUAAGAAACUCCUCCUAAACCCGUUCUUAUAAAAACAAGCUUCUCUGUGUCAGAGAUAGAACAUCUGUUUAUCCUCUGAAGAUGGAGACAGUGAAGCUCUGCUGUGUGGUUCUGGGUCUUCUAUGGACGUUUUCCAGCACCUCUGCUCAUUCUGAAGACAUCCACGUAGACAACCAAGAAAGCUGCAGUGGAAAUGCAAAGUGGUGCUCAUCAUCUGCUCACAAAGUAGAUCAUGACUACUAUGAAGAACUCUGGGAGGAGAACCUGGACCUGGCUAAGCAGACCCUGAAGCUUCCCUUUCUGCAGCACAUGCAGCUGGGCGACCUGCAGGCUGACGAUUACACAGUCUUCAUGAUCCAGGACAUCUACUACCUGGCCAAGGUUACAGACAUGUUGGAGGUGAUGUCUAACAAAGACAUGCCUGAAGACCUCAAAGAGUUCAUGAAGGGACGAUACGAGAGCUACGACCGCUUCAGGACUGAGAUGCUGAAGACCUUCAACCUGAAUGGUGUGAAUGAAAUCAAAGUGACCGAAGUCAUGGAAAGCUACCUGGCUGAAUACAAAAGGAUUAUGGAGAAGGAGGAACCCAUCAUGUUCGCUGUGGGGCUGCUUCCCUGCAACAGGCUCUGGGCUUGGAUCGCUGACCAGCUAAACAUAGGUUAUGGGAACGCCUACUGGACCUGGAAGAAGAACAACAUGGGUGGACACACUGAAAAACACUUCAAGGCCCUGCUGAACAAAUAUCUGAAUGGAGAAAAUUUUGUAAAAGCGAACGAAAUUUUUCGCAAGCAAAUGAAUAAUGAGCACGACUUCUUUGAGAACUCCCUGAAACAGUAAAAAUCUCUGCUUCUAGAGAAUAUAUUCACCCUCCUCAGAUAUUCCACCAUACUACAUUUCUUUGAAACUUUUUUCAUUGUUCUGAUUUAUUGUGCCAUGUUGAAAGUUCAAAUUAUCUGAAUUUAUUGUAGGAACAGCAAAAGAAGAACAUAUGUGUGUGUAAAUGUUAGAACUAAUGAAAAAGGUUUGGAACUCUUAAACAAUAAGAUAU